AAUCUUAGAGCUCGAAGGGCACCUGGUCAGAGAUGCAGGUGCGGUUCGGGAGGCGCCGUGGACAGGCGAAGGAAAGCAGGGAAAUAAAGAAAUCUGAAGAAGAUCAAGCUCUCUAUCCACCUCUCCUACCUAGCAAAGUAGACCUCCAGCAGGUCACCAUAAUUCCACACAACGAGUGGAAAAGGAUCCGAGACAGCCUUGACAGCUUGACAAGAAAAGCAGCAUGCCUUCGUGCAGAACGAAAGGCAAAGAAAGAAAUGCACCUCCGAUCCCAAGAAGUGGUAAAACACUGGACCAAUACCUAUGCAGGGAUAAGAAAACAGAAACUUGAAGCCAAAAAGAAGCGUGAUGAAGAAAUAGAGGCAGAAAGACAAAUUCUUGAUGUGGAAGAAGCAAUACACAAACAAGGAGAAAGAAAAAAGGCCAUUGAAUAUGCAAAGCAAUAUCAAUUUUACCAGACAGAAAGAGUGAAAAACUUUCAUUCAGGACUUCUUCUUAGUAGAGUUAUGAAGGAACGUGAUGCACAGAUUGAAUCCCAAAAGAGUAGAAUAAAAUCGGAUAAAAAAUGGGAGGAACAAUUGAAAAUCAACAUCGAAAAAGCUUUUAAAGAAGAACAAGAAAAAGCAGAAAAACAACACAGAGAGAGACUGGCUCUUGCCAAUGAUCAUUUAAAACAAAUAAAAGAACAUAAAGAGGAAGAAGAAAGAAGGAGAAAAAGUAAAGAAAAGGAUGCUGAGGAAAUAAAGCAACAGAAUUUAUUAUAUGAAAUAGAAAUUAGAAAACAACUAGAAAAGAAAAAAGAAGAGACAGAUGAACGAAGGAAACUGUUUUUUGAAUAUAUGAAUGAUAAAAAUGUCAUCAAAGCUGUAGAACGGCAGCAGCAAGAGGAGGAAGAUGAAAAGCUUAAAAAAUUUAUCACAGCAAAAAAGCGUCUUACUGAAAUGAGGAAAGAAAAAGAAGCUGAAACACACAGGCUAAUGGAGGAACGUAGAGAAAGAAUAAAUAACUUCCUGAGCGAAUUAAUAAAACAGAAGCUUGACAAUGAAGAUUUGAUUAUUGCUAGAGAUAUUGCAGAAGCUGAGGCCAUCUGGGAAAAAAGAGAAAAAGAGAAAUAUGAAAAAAACAAAGCAGAAUUAAAAGCAAUUGAAGAAUAUAGAAACACUGUGAUGAAAAAUAAAGAGGAAGAAGAAAGACAAGGAAAAAUAGAGGCUAAAGAAAAAUUGCUGGCUGUCAUAAAAGCAGAUCAGAUUUUCUGGGAGCAUGAAAAGGAGAAAAAAUGCAAAACUGAUAAAGAGCGUCGUGAAGUUCAAGAUGCCCACAUUCAGCAAAUGGCCAAAAAUAAGUUUAAUGCAAAGCAAGCAAAACAAGCACAAUUGGACUAUUGCAGACUUACUGAAGAUCUUGUAGAGGAAAAGGAGAAAGAAUUUCAGGAUUAUGCCAGAGAAGUAAUUGAACUUGAGACUGAAUCAACAAGGAAAUAUAUUUAUCCUCUUGUGAAAGCUGUACAGGGAGGACCUGGCGGUGGCUGUGGACCAGUUUUUAUGGACAGAGGUGGAUUAAGACCUAGCUGUCAGGCAAAUGAUGUCACUGGAGUCCAGCUCCCUUCUUAUAACUCUCAGGGACCAAAAUACAAUGACUUUCAAAAGUGUAAGGGAAGGCUAGGUUUUACAUGGUAG